GACGGCGUCUGGGUGACUGGGGGCUGGGAUCCAGCGUCCCCCCGGCGGGACCCAGGCCCCCGCGCGCGUCAGCGUCGCACCAACCUCCGCCGCCGUGGCGCGCCGGCAGGAGGCAGCGGCCUCCGCCCCGAAAUUCCCGUCUCCUCCACCACCUCUGACCUCCCCCCCUCCUCCUCCGUUUUUCAAGCGCUCCUCGCCUCCUCUGCUAGGCCUGCUGCUGUUCGGCGCUUGCCAAUUAGUUGAAAUCCCCUUCGCAUCCCUUCCUCCUCCUCGCACCUAGAACCUGCAACCUGCCGGAUUGGACCGCGCAUGGCCGAUCGGCGCGGCUGCUGAGCGGCGGCUGCGGCUGCGGCUGAGGCGGGAGUGAGCGGCGGGGACGGGAGGAGGUGUGCGGAGGGAGGGUGGAGAUGCCGGGGCUGGCGGGGAGGCCGGGGUCGUGGGGCGGGCUGCUGCUGCGGGUCGGGCAGACGUUCUUCGCCGCCGCCUGCAUCGGCGUCAUGGGGUCGUCCCUCGGAUUCUCCAGCUACACCGCCUUCUGCUACUUGGUUGCAUCAAUGGGACUUCAAAUGUUGUGGAGCUUCGGGCUUGCAUGUCUUGAUGCAUAUGCCAUCAAAGUCAAAAAGGAUCUCACCCACCCAAUUAUGUUGAGCUUAUUUGUCGUUGGAGACUGGGUAACAGCAAUUCUGUCAUUCGCUGCGUCGAGCUCAGCUGGUGGUGUAGUAAUUCUAUUUCAAAAGGAUGUGCUCUUCUGCAGAAGGUAUCCUCAGCUCCCUUGCGGAAAGUAUGAGCUCGCCACAGCAUUUGCCUUCCUGUCUUGGGCACUCAGUGCUACAUCAGCCCUGAUCGCGUUUUGGCUCCUUGCCGCGUUCUGAUUUUGUGUAUCAUCGUGUGAUAGCAAUGUUUAUAGCACUUCCUUUUUCUGGUCUUCUCUCUUUGUAGCUUUUAUAAAGGACAAUUUACCCUACCACAUAUUUAGCAAACCACGUAGCCCAAAAAUGGAGAUAUUGGGAUCAUGUAAAGUUCGUGGAGUGAAUAGUUACUAAUGAUAGAAAUUGCUGAAUAGAUGCUUUUCUUCAGAAGCUGGUGAGUUAAUUGCCUUUUUGCUA